AUGAGUUCCCCAACACUGACAAAUCAAGUCUUCCAAGCACUAUGUUCUUAUUUAAAUGAAAAUCAUAUUACUUAUCGACAAGUUCAACAUCAUCCAACAUAUACAUCGGAAGAAUCAUCAUUAGCUCGUGAUGAAGAUAUAAUCAUUGAUGGAAAAGCUCUUCUAAUGAAAGUCGACGACCAAUUUCAUCUAUUUGUGUUAAGUGCAGCAAAAAAGUAUGAUUCGAAGAAAAUUAAAGAACGAUUUAAUGAGAAGAAACUUCGAUUUGCUAAUAGUGAUGAAUUGUACCAAUUGACAGGACUAGUUCCUGGCAGUGUUCCACCAUUCGGUCAUCCAAUUUUGCCGUUUAGUCUAUUUGUCGAUGAGAGUAUUAUCAAGAACGAAAAAAUUGCAUUUAAUGCUGGUCUAUUAACAGAAUCUAUUAUCAUGCAAGUACAAGAUUACUUGAAGAUAGUACAAGCAGAAGUUUUCUUAUUUUCAGUCGAUAGAUGA